GAUGGCUACGCCAAACUCCGCCGCCUCCUUGACGGUGACCAACACCUCAACGCUGCCAAAGUUUCACUCGGAGUUCUUGGAAUUAUUACACAGGUUACUCUGAAAUUGGAACCUAUGUUCAAGCGAUCCAUCACAUAUUUGAAAAGGCAUGACAGAGAUUUGGGCGACGAAGUGGUUAGUUUUGGGAGAAAUUAUGAAUUUGGCGACUUGAUUUGGUAUCCAAGCCAGCGUAUGGUUGUGUAUCGCCAAGACAGCCGCGUUUCAUCCAACACCUCCGGGAAUGGCUUAUAUGAUUUCAUUCCAUUUCGCCCCACACCUUCAGUGGGCUUGCAACUUCUUCGAGCCUCAGAGGAGGACCAAGAGUCAAGGCGUGAUGCUGGUGGCAAGUGUUUCAGUGCAAGGCUUGUUACGUCCCUUCUCUCAUUCUCUGCUUAUGGAUUAACCAACAACGGCAUCACAUUUCUGAAGUACCCAGUGAUUGGGUAUCAGAAUCGGGUCCAAUCCUCUGGAUCUUGCCUAUACCGCAAUGCUAAGGACAUGAGAAUAACAGGGUGCCCUUGGGACCCUUUGAUCAAGGGAGAGUUCUUCCACCAGACGGCUGUUAGCGUGGAGUUGAGAGUGGUCAAAAGUUUCAUCGAGGAUGUGCAGAAACUUGCGGAGUUGGAGCCCAUGGCAUUUUGUGGGCUGGAGCUGUACAAUGGCAUCCUGAUGCGCUACGUCAAGGCCUCCAGCGCUUACUUGGGGAAGCAACACGAUGGAGUGGACUUCGACUUCACGUACUACCGAAGCAGAGACCCGAUGAGUCCUAGGCUGUUCGAGGAUGUGCUUGAAGAGGUGGAGCAAAUGGCCGUGUUCAAAUAUGGAGGUACUCCGCACUGGGGGAAGAACAGGAACGUGGCGUUUCAAGAGGCAAUCGCCAAGUACAGAGACAAGGAAGCCUUCCUGGAGGUUAAGAAUGAAUACGACCCACAUGGCCUCUUCUCCAACCAGUGGACAGACCAAGUUCUUGGAUUGAAAGGAGCAGUCACCAUAGAUAAAGAUGGGUGCGCCUUAGAAGGGUUGUGUAUAUGCUCUAAAGACAGCCAUUGCGCCCCAAAUAAGGGCUACUUCUGUAGGCCAGGCAGAGUUUACAAGGAUGCUAGGGUUUGUUCUUAUUUAGGUUUCAACCAACCUUAAAUAUAAUUACAUAUAUAUGUUGUAUGAGCCCUAGUAAGUAGGAGCUAUGUGAAA